CGCAAAGAUGCUCAAUUCGAACUUUUAGAUUUAACCUUGGGAAAGUGUAAAUCUAUCGAAAGAGCUAUCGUAAGAACGCUCAACAAGAACGUGCGCCAAAACUCAAAGGUAGUUCUUUACAGUAUCUUCGCCGUCGCCUACAUCGCGUACUUGUUACCUCAGCUGCUCCACUUGAGUAUUAGAGGUAGUGCCAAUUUCUUCUUUGGCAUCGUAUCGUACCUUUCGUGUGUUCCGGAAGGUUUUUUUGUAGUAUUCGUAUUCGGUUGCUCGACUAUCCAAGAUGAAACGACUCGGGUGUUGCAGUAAAAUUAACUAGUUGUAAAACUCCGUAGCAUAGUGGUUGUACCUAUCGUUUCGUCCUCGUUACUCGGUACAAACACAAUUUCAUCCGUGGUUCUUGACUCAGCUGUGGCUAGACCAACUCGCUGCUUUUCGGAACUUAAAAAUUUUGAUAAUUUUCAUAGAAAACAAGAGUGAAAACUCAAUGCUAUGACGAAGAAAAAAGAACUCCUGAAUGCUGAAUCUUCCAAGGUAGAACGAUAACUAGCUGAAGUACCAAGUACAUGUAGUGAGUUUUCUAUUCACAUUUUGCUAUCAGCUCGAUAUUGACCCCUCCGAGUCCGAACCCGAUAAGUUGUAUUUUUGAUAACUUACCACUUUCGCUUGAGAUCACAAGAACAUGGGAAAGAUGUUUUUCGACAAGUCUGGUUCCAACUCACCGUCGACCGCGGCGCCGUUGACCGACGACGAGCGCUCGGCUAUUUACCCCGAUGAAAAUGAUCUUACAUUAGUCGACGCUUCUUCGCAAGCGACACCUACACCGAUGAGCAACUACGCGGAAAAUAGUGUAGUACUUGCAGGUUUACCAGCCAUGAUAGCUGCUCGAGACAGUCGGAUUGAUGUUGUUGCUCUGCCGAGUAAUACUACAACACUGGGCAAUAAUUAUGAGGACGGAAGCAGUGCGUCAUCAUCGUCAACCGGCUUCAGUACAAAAUCGGCUUUCAUAACGCGUGGGCAGCUCCGUCUAUGCAGAUCAGUGGAUGCCCACGGCUAUCCUUCUCCUGCUGACUCUACUACCUCUUCGACGACAGCUUGUUCGACUUCGCUUUCGAGGUUCGCGACACCAGGACUGUCAUGCGUGUCGCACAACGAGCCAAGGUACCAGUGCGAAAAAUGCGGAACUUAUCUUUUCAGCGAGCAGGAAGCAGCAGAUCACGCAGCGGAUGCUGGUUUUGGUCACGGAUGGAUUCUGGUCUUGAACCCUGAGAAAGGCGACCACCUGCUCCGCUGGGAUGUCUGUUGUGGCAGUACUCCAGCGACGUCGAGUGAGGAAGGGCAAGGAGCGCUUCAGGAUCAACUAGAGACCUCGCACCAGCAGCAGGACCAGGGCUCUACUACUUCAUCUGUUAGUACGUCGGAUGAUGCACAAGACGCAGGAGAUGCAGGCAGUGGUCGACGGAGCAAGAAAAGAAAGAACAAGAAGGAUCGCGCAUCCGCUGCUGCAGCGUCGGGAACGUCCGGAUCGUCAUCCUCCUCGAGCAAACCCUUGUUAGGACUGCCGGAGCAUCACGGAGUCUGCGUCGGCGAGCGCGAUUUCCUCGGCGACGCAAUGGUUGCGCACUUUGAGCGCGGCAGAGGCGUGGUGGCCGAAGACCUCGCAUCGUUCGCUUAUGGGGGCACUACGGGGAAGCGCCGCGUCUACCUGUGGCCACAUAAGCAACGUUUGUCGAAAAGUCGAACCACCGAAAGAUGCGUCCACAUGGUGGGGAAAAAAGGAUUUCACGGAAUCUACAACAACUGCGAGCACUUUGCAUCCUGGGCUGUUAUCGGCGAGAAAAAGAGUCGACAACUAUGGGCGCUCGGAGGGACAGCGACAGGCGUCUCAGCAAUCUGGCAUCUCGGAGGCUACCUUGCAGGAGGGGCACUCGGUAAGGCUAUGACUCACAGAGCAAGUCUAUUGUGCAAAUGGAGUAACAAAUUCAUUCUGAAGUAGACACAUCAAGGAACUCAUUAUCUAUUGAUUACGAGCUACUUCCAAUCGGGAGCAGACGAUCGAUAGCGAUGACGAUGUAGACUACAUCAUGUAGUAUUCAUCUACUAUACCUAUAGGUACAAUUUUCAAAAUCAAACUCCAGGUUUCGCUGUCGCUCACGGAGUCUUUGUUAUUUGCAAGUGGAGCGGGAUUGUCUACCUUGGCAGCGACGCAGCAGAGCAUCAUUGGGACAGUCUGACGCGUGUAGCCUCGCUGAAGCCUGGAGAUGCACCAGGCACAUGCUGCAUGUGUGGUCGACAAGCACCGAAGAGACGAAAUAUUAUAUGUGAUGUCGAAGAAGUAGAACAAGCAGGAAAUCAAUCUGGUGGAAGUGGGGGAAUUUCGAUGCGUUUGAAAAUAGCAGAUCGAAAGCUCCAGGAUUUAACUUCCGCGCAGACAACAGCAUCAGACGUACAUGAUAUAAAUAGUGACGAACAACAACUACAAGUGGUUUCAUCUUCUACUAAAGAUGGGCGUCGCGGAGUUGCUUUGCUCUGUAGAGAAAUACCAGACGACAACGGCAGCAGUCAAAACAAAAGCCAUGAAAAGAGUGACAGUGUGAUCGAGCCGUUCAUCAACUGUCCUCACGGCGCGUGCCAUGGUUGUCUCAAGAAGUACGUCUUUGAAAAUCGCGGACCUCUCAUUUGCCCUCAUCCGGACUGCUGGGAGCCGUUGCCUCCAGAUUUGUUUUGCGUGCUCGCUGACGGUGGAAAAGUGGAAUAAUGAAAGAUUUUUAGACUUUCCCGAUCCCGUGACCGGCAUGAACUCUUUUUUGACUCAUAAACAUUGGGUUCUGGACGGCGACGGACCACGAGUUCUUUUAUGUACGUCUUGUAGAUACAACCUUAGUCGUUCUUUGUUCUUUUCGCCUAUAAUCAUUCUUGGUGAAGAUGAUACUAAAUAUUUCUGGCACAGCCACAAUUGAUCAGAAAUGUCGGUCAGUCAGUCACCAGUCACAGUUGCUGUACAGCGGUGCAUCUUCCGCCGAUUAAUUUGCGCCCCUUCCACCCACUAGUCAUUUUUACGCAUCAGAAUUUUCGUUUCGUCCAUGACGCAGAGCCUGUCCUUUCUCAUCGCGCACCAAUUUGCUUCUCCAUACGGAUGAUGUCAAAAUGAACUUUUUUUCGUUGAAAUAGAAUCCAGCAGUACUAGGGAUAGAAACUACUUAAUUCUACUGCUAAGUAAUAGAAAUAGAGCUUGGAAGAGGUAGAACAAAGUGUCAGGAUGAAUACCUUCCAUUUGUUUUUCAUUUUCACAUGACGCAGAUGACUGUGAAGACCUAGCGCUCAUUUCUAUGCAAGCUUCUUAGCCGCGAAGCAGAAAAUGUACAACGAAAAGAUACAGCAGCCUUGCAUGUACACAC